AUGGUUACACUGUUACGAAGUGAGCUGGGAGAGGGGGAGAGCGAGGGGGAGUGUGGGUUUGAUGGGGAGAAGGGGGAGAAGAGGGAUGCUAGAGUUGAUGCUGGUGAUGCAGGUCGUCUUCCUGGCUUUCCAGGAGUCCUUUCAGGCGUUUCUUCAGGUGCUUUUUCAGCUGUUUCACCAACAGAGGAAGCUGAUUCUGGAGCUGCUGUUGCUGCUGCUGCCCCAGAUGCUGCAGGCUUGGCAUUGGCUGGUUUUCCCAUGGUGGGGCGAGAUUUUGUGGGGCUGAAGAAACGGAAUGGGGAGAGUGAGCGAGGGCGAGAGGAUUUUUGGGAGGAAACGGAAGAGGAGGAGGAGGAGGAGGAGGAGGAGGAGGAGGAGGAGGAGGAGGAGGAGGAGGAGGAGGAGGAGGAGGAGGAGGAGGAGGAGGAGGAGGAGGAAGAGGAGGAGGAGGAGGGUGUGGGCUGA